GAGAGACACAUCGGGAUCGACAUUCAGAAAAUCUUAUCACUACGCACAUGCGCAUUUCACUUAACAACAGUCAACAGUACGGGGUCGCAGGGAAAAAAAUAGACUGAAAAACAAAUGAUAAUUGUAUGUGAUUAUUUCUAAACAUAGGAUAAUUCAGCUGAAAAGGACCCAACUCAACCAUGUACAGCCGUGGUAAUACCUCAGGUUUAAGUUCUAUCAGCUAUGGCUCAAAUUUAUCUGGGGGCUCACACACACGGAAACCUGGUCAAAAAAAUAAAAGGGUUCAAGUGUGGGCAAGAGUUCGACCAACAGCAGAAUUUGCUUAUGAUAAUUUGGAGUUACUGCCAGAUGGAAAGAGCAUUAAUGUUCAUCAAAGAAAAGAUACAAGGAGAGGUGUUGUAAAUAAUCAGAUUCUUGACUGGUCAUUCAAGCUAGAUGGAAUAUUUAACAAUGCAGCACAAGAUCAAGUGUUUGAGACUGUUGGUGCUGAUAUUGUCACUUCAGCUUUAGAUGGUUACAAUGGAACAUUGAUGGCUUAUGGACAAACAGGAGCAGGGAAAACCUUUACAAUAACAGGUGCUACAGAGAGCUACAAGGAAAGGGGGCUUGUUCCAAGGGCAUUGUCUCAGCUGUUCAAGGAAAUAGAAGAAAGACCAGAAUUUGCAAUAACUGUCAGGGUUUCCUACCUGGAGAUCUACAAUGAGACCAUGUCUGAUUUGCUGUCCACUAUGCCAGAGACAUGGAAGAACAAGGAAGAGGGUCAGGAUCAGGCUAUGGUUGUUGUAGAAAACCAGGAUGGCGUGUAUGUGAAGGGUCUGUCCUGUCAUCUAGCUCAAUCUGAAGAGGAAGCACUUAAUCUCUUGUUUGAGGGAGAAACAAAUCGUGCAAUUGCUGCCCACUCACUCAACAAACAGUCCUCUAGAUCUCAUUGUAUAUUCACAGUCUAUUUGGAGACAAGAUCUAGAGUACAGUCAAAUGCUAGGUAUACCAUUUCUAAACUAAACUUUGUGGACCUAGCAGGAUCAGAGCGUCUAGGAAAAACUAAGUCAGAAGGGAAGACACAGCAAGAAGCUAUGUAUAUCAACAAGUCAUUGACGUUUUUGGAACAAGUGAUUGUAGCUCUAGCAGACAGGAGGAGGGAACACAUUCCAUUCAGACAGUCCAAACUGACACAUUGUUUGAAGGACUCCAUUGGGGGAAACUGUAACACUCUCCUUGUCGCAAACGUCUGGGGAGAGGAAGCUCAGUUAGAAGAAACAGUGUCUACUCUACGGUUUGCCACCAGAAUGAUGUGUGUAGCCAGCGAACCAGCUGUGAAUGAACUUUAUGACCCUGUAGUUUUAGUCAAAAAACUAGAGAGAGAAAUUCAACAUCUAAAGAAUGAACUUGCUAUGCAUGACACAUUGACAAAUCGAAGCAUGGUAUCAUAUGACCCCCUGUCAGAACAGAAAAGAUAUGAAAUUCGGCAGCAAGUUCGAAAAUUCUUGGAAGGAUCUAUAAAUGAAAUUGAUAUUGUGAAUGUCAGGCAGAUUCAUGGGACAUUUGAGGCUUUUAAGGAAGUCUGCAUGCAAAUGGAAGCUGAUGUUGAACAAAAGCUGAGAGAGAAGUAUACCCUGAUAGACAAGACUGACCCAGCUGCCAUUGCAGCAGCACAACAGAGUGAAUAUGAGGCAGGAGUAAACAUCACAGAUGAGGGAGUUCUGGUGGGAGACACAGAUGGUCAAGGAUUUGGGGUGGGCGUCGCCCCCAAAUCUGCCAAGGCUGACCCCUCAGCUGUUGUUCAAAUAAAGAAAAAGGAGAAGGAAAAGGAAACUAAAAGAGGAAAAGGAGGAAGAGAUGCUAAAAGUCCUGUGGGUGGUAAGAGUGUUAGCAGCCCCUCACACAGUGCUAAGGGAGAGAGAGAGGUCAAGUCACCCCACCCCUCUAUAGACAAGGACCGACCAGAUCACGAGGAUGCUCCUACCCCAGUCAGCUCGACUGGUCCCUCACGGGCUGAUAGACUCACUCGACCCAGCACUCCCCCAAGUCGAACAGCCAAAUUUGAGGAGUUUAAGCAGGAGAAAGGGGUAGAAAUCAACAGAAUCCUAGUUGAAAACAAAGAGAUUUUGGCAUCAAAGAAAAAGGCCUAUGCAGAUUUAGCCAAACAAAUAAACACAUCAAAGAUCGAUAUUGAUGCAUCCAGAGAUAAACUAGAGCGCCUAAAGGAGGAAAGAGAAGCAAAUGGUCCUCAGUACAAUGAAGAUGGAGAUGUCAUCAUCAGUGAGGAAGAGUUCCUGGAGAUCAAGAGAUUAAAAGAUCUCAAACAGCAUUACAGAAGCGGUUAUGAUGAGCUGAAGAAUUUGAAGGCAGAAGUUCAGUAUUGUCAAAAGCUGGUGGACCAGUGUCGACAGAGGCUCAUUAAUGAGUUUGAUAACUGGUAUGCUGAGAGUUUCCUGAACCAGACAGAUGACAUUUCUAGCUCAGCCGCUGGUCAUGGAAUGAGACCUGGGGUGAUCCUCCCAUUCAAUCCAAACCAAGUGCCGGAGGAUGAACAGGAGAAGUUUGAUCGGUUACAGAUGGAGCUCCUGAUGAACAACCCUGACUCAGCAGCUUACUACAAUGCACAGAUGAGAACACAGAGAAGGAAAACAUAUGAAACUGCCAUGUCACAACCUCAGCCGUCUCUGCGACAGUCGCCAGGGAUUCCGAAAAUGACAGUCAGAAACAAACCCCCAAACAUGUUACAAGUCUCUCAAUAGACAGUAUUGAUAUUCAGUUCUUUCUCUUUGGGAAUGGAGUACUUAAAUAAUUGUUCUUUCAUUGACCAUGAAGUGGUUAUUAUUAUUUACUUUAUAUUUUGUUAUCACACCUUUUAGUACUUAAUUUAUUUACAAACUAUAUGUACAUGAAUUCAGAGCUAUGUUGGACUCUUAGGAUUUGAAGUUCUUAUCUUUAUACUUCUAUGAAUCCAUGUUUUAUUCAAAUGUUAUUUUGUGUAUCAUAUGUAUAUAUUUUGUACAUGUUCAUCAUUGAACACAGAUUUAGAGGCUGGCGAUAUAUUGCAUCAUGUGAUGAAUGACUCUUGAAGUUUUGUUGAAGUUUGAACUUAUUCAGUCUCUGUGAUAAGUAUUUUUCGUGUGACCAGCUAGGAUUCCGUCCCUUUUGUUGUUUUAAUUUUAUCUUUGAAAAUAUGAAAUGUCUUCAAUAAAACAUCACAAUUUACA